ACUUCUGGAAGCAGCUGAGUGAUGAGAAGCUACCGGCAGAUUUCCUCGCCGACACGUCGUUCACGGUGUUCGGUCUGGGCGACAGCGGAUACGUGUUCUACAACGAGUGCGCGAAACUGUUCGACACCAAGUUCCACGAGCUGGGAGGCAAGCGCAUCAUGAACCUGGGUCUGGGAGACGACAAGGAGGACGAGAAAUAUGAGGCGGCGUGGAACGAGUGGAUCCCGGAUCUGUGGAACGAGAUCAAGUGCGAGGAACCGACGAAGGAACUACUGCCACCUAGCUACACGGUUGUCAUAGACACCG